AUGGGUGUUUUCAAAUUGUUCAACUCUCCACAGAAUGUAGAGGAAUGCUUUAACAAGAGUGAAAGUUAUCCUGAUGGUGAAAUCCGAGUCACAUUUAAUGGCACUGGGGAAGUAUUUAAAAUUCAUAGAAUUGUUUUGGCCUGUAAAAAUAUGUCAUUCAAACAAUUAUUUAGUUCCUCUUCAAUGAUAACCAUCACAAAACACAAACCAUCCAUUGUUAGGAAAUUUCUCACUUUCUAUUAUAGUGGACGAAUUGACUGGGAAAAUAAUGAAAUUAUUCCUCUAUUACAGUUAUCUAAUGAAUAUUUCGCACCAGAAAUUGUAGUUUCUCUCCUUCACAAUUUGCAUGACAAUUUCACAUCAAUCAUUCAAGGAGACAAUAUAUUUGAAGAUGUAUUGAAAUUAUUGUCCAUUUUCAAUGAAACAAAGACUUCAAAUUAUUGCAAGAAUACUUUUAUUGAGACAAUUGUAGAUCCAAACUCAUUCAUGAAUGACAUGUUGAAACCUGUAUUAAUUACUAGACAACGAUCAAAUGUAAAUACUUUUACCAAAGCUUAUGUUCCUCCAUUCAAAUUAAAAGAGAAGGAGAAUUUGAAUUUCAUUGAACGAUAUGGAGGAAAGAUUUGGAAUGAAAAAUUCAAAUCAAUCAAAGUGAAAUGUUUGGAAUGUCUGCAAGGAAAUUUUGAAAAAUUCAUCAAGAAUCAAGUAUUCCUCUCCAUUGUAAAUAUUGAAGAUGUGAAGAGAAUAAUAAUGGAAUUGAGUGAGUUGAAUAAUUUUGGAGGUAGAGGCCAAUUUUUACCAGCACUAUUGAAUUGGAUCAAUCAUGAUUAUCAAAAUAGAUUCAAGGAUUCUUCUCUUCUUUUCAAUUUCUUACAAGAUUUGAGUGAGUCCUGCAUGUCAGAGUUGACCAUAUCCAAAAACAAACAGGUCAAAAAGCAAGAGCAAGAAGAUGAUUUCAAACUCACUAUCGAGCUUCCAACUCCUCCAAAAAGAGAAUUUAUUGAAAAAAAGGAAGAAAACACUCCAGAAAUUGCCAUCAAAAAGAAGAGUUCCAUUUCAUUCCUUGGUAUCGAUAUGGAAGAAGCUCAUUCAGCCAGCACUCCAGGAUCUCCAGUUAUUUCACUCGUGACCUCUCCUCAAUUGGAUGAGCUCAUUACUCCACCAAGUUCACAAAAAUCUGUCGAGACACCGUCCUCACAAACCACCCCAACACUCUCACCAACAAUUAGCUCUACAGACUCUGGUAAGAAAGUUGGUCGUUCCAAAUCUGCCUUCAUUCGUCCAAGAAUGGAGCAAGAGAAGGGUACCUUUGGUCACUUGAAAAGAUUGGCAACACCAUUUGCCUUUUCACAUUCAGAGACGGAUGAUCCAAUUCACUCCAAUGCUCCACCUAAAACUACAUUUGAGGUAGAGGAGGAAACUCUCUCAGAUUGGCAAGAAGUUGGACGCGUUGUCUCCUAUGUACCUGUGAAGAGAAUUGAGGAGAUUGUCAUUAAAAAACCUCAGGAAUAAAAUCUUGGCUUACAAGAUUACUUCU